CAGCCCUGCCCCAGCCCAGCCCCUGAUCCUGGGCUGGGAGGACCUCCCCCUGCCUCCCCCCUCCUCCAGGCCAACCAGCCGGACACCCCUGCUAAACCAUCUCUGGGAGAUGGUUUAGCCCAACGCCCCCGGCAGUCAAGAUGAUGGCCUCGGUGGUAACCAAUGGCAACCGUAAGAAGUCCCUGAGUCUGAAAGGGGUGGAUCCAGAGACUUGCAUGAUCGUCUUCAAGAACCACUGGGCUCAGGUAGUAAAGAUUCUAGAGAAGCAUGAGCCGGGUCGUGGAGGCCUGGGCUUCCUGUCGUCUGGGGGCCGUCUGGGCCCUAUCCCGGGGGACGAGGCCAGCGCCGUGCAGAACUACGUGGAGCACAUGCUGUUCCUGCUGAUGGAGGAGGAGGCGGGGCAGGGCGGGGCCAUGGGCCCCAUCCUGGAGUUUGUGGUGGUGGAGGGGGUGAUGGAGCGCCUCUUCCUGUGGUCGCUACGGCGACAGUUCACGGACGACAUGAAGGUGGAGCAGCUGAGGAUGUAUCAGAUGCUGCUGGGCCAGGCUCGCCAGCCGCUGCUGCACCACAAGCCCCUGCUCCGCCCCCUGAUGAUGCUGCUGGCCUCCUGCACUGGGGGCGGGGCUGGGGGCGGGGCCGGGGGCGGGGCCGGGGCGGUGGAGGAGGAGCUGGUUCUGCUGCUGAACCAGCUGUGCAUGGCGCUGGCCAGGGACCCGUCUGUGUUGGAGCUGUUCUUCCACGUGGGCGAGGAUCAGGGAGCAGCUAACUUCCUGCUGUUCUCUCUGCUCAUCCCCUUCACCCACCGGGAGGGUCCUGUGGGCCGGCGGGCCAGGGACGCUCUGCUCAGCAUCAUGAUGCUGUCUCACUCUGACCCCCGCGUGGCCACGCACAUCACUGACAACACCUACUUCUGUCCUGUGCUGGCUACAGGCCUCAGUGGGCUGUACUCGUCCCUCCCCGCCCGGCUGUGUGUGUUCAGUGAGGACUGGUUCAGCCUGGAGCCGUCUGACUGGAGCCAGGUUCCUGCCCUCGUCCAGAUCCUCAACUCCCUGCACUUCUGCUGCUCAGUCAUCAGGGUGGCCCAUCCCUCCAUCAGGGCCCAGUUGCUAGGAUACAUCUAUAAUGGCUUCCUGGUCCCUGUAUUGGCUCCUGCUCUGCACAAGCUGACGCUGGAGGAAGUGAUGACGACCACGGCGUACUUGGAGCUGUUCCUGCGCUCGGUGUCGGAGCCAGCGCUGCUGCGCUGCUUCCUGUCCUUCAUCCUCACGCACACACACGACGGCCUGCACAUCCUGGACACCCUGGUCAGCAGGGUCAACACGCCCUUCCAGCUGGGCACAGUCUCCCUGGCUCUGUUCCGUACCCUGAUUGGUCUGUUCUGUGAGGACGUCAUGCUGCAGCUCAUCCUGAGGUACCUGGUCCCCUGUGCUGGCCCAGGUGUGCAGGAGAGAGACUGCUACUCCUGCUCUGCCUCCAGACUCCUCCUCCUCAGCCCCCCCUGGAGCCUCAGCCCCUCCCACAGCCAGCACCUCCUCUGGCCCGGGGGUACAGGGUCUCCCCUCUCUGGAGAGGACAGCGUGGGCUACCAGCGUGACCCCGCCCCGCCCCUCCCCCUGCAGGUGAUCUACCUCCACUACCUCCAGGACGCCCGUGUCUCCAUCCAGACAGCGCUCUGGGCAUGCUCAGUCUGGUCCGCGCCCUACGACGGCCUCAGCCCCGCCCCCGCAGACCCCCUGCAGGGGGAGGAGGGGGGAGAGACGGGGGAAGAGGUGAGCAGGGGGAGGACGGACACUUCAACCCCGCCCCCUUCCCUCGCCACCACCCCCGAACCCGUGACCGGGGGCAAUGUGGAACUGGAGUGGGACGACAUGUUCGAUGUGGCUCCAGAUGAGGGGGCGGGGCCAGGCGAGGGUCAGGGGGCGGGGGCCCAGGGGGGGGGGGCUCAGGGGGGGCCCGAGCCCCCACAGCACCUCCAGGCCCUGAGGAGGACGGCCACCCUGCUGGUCCGGGGCUCCUACAUCGAGGAGGACGGUUUCCAGGACGACGUCCUCGUCUAUGACCUCAUCGCCCAGAAGGACGCCUCCGCACAUGCUCAGAGACGCAGCGCUGUGGGGGCCAGGCAGGGGGGAGGGGGCGGGGGCGCCGGGGAGGAGUGUGUAACAACUCUCACCAAUGGGCAGAACUGUGGGGAGCGCAGGGUGAACAGGGAGGAGGAGGAGGAGGAGAGGAGGCUGGAUCCAAACAUGAACGUGAACAGGGUCGUGACCCUGGAGAACAACCAGCUGACCUCUGACCUCUGCAACGGUUACGCUGCCCCUACCCUGACCCCUGACCCUACCCUGACCCCUGACCCUGCCCCAACCCCUGACCCUGCCCUGACCCCUGCUGGAGAUGACUUCCUGUCUCAAUACCGGGCGCUCAUGCUCUCUCUGGGGGCGGAGCCUGACGAGGAUGACAUCAGCGGUGACAUCAGCUCAUUCAGGAGGCGUGUGGAGAGUCUGAGGAAGAGGAGGCAGGAGGAAGAGGAGGAGGAAGAGGAGCUAUGCAGGUUCCUCUCAGAGGAACCACAACCAGAUCUAGAACAAGAGAACGUUCUAGAAGCAGGAAGCAGGAAGCAGGGAGUCCCAUUCACAGGUCCGUUCAUCAGUGUUCUGCUGUCCCGUCUGGAGAACCUUCUGGAGAACUCCAUCCCUGUGAACCUGCUGGUGACGGGGAUCCUCUCCCAGCUGGCCUGCCACCCUCAACCCCUGCUGCACGCCUUCCUGCUCAACACACACACACAGCCCGGCACGCGCACGCUCUACCAGGUGCUGGUGUCGGUGGGGGCCCAGAUAGAGCAGUAUGUAUCAGCCAGACCAGAGCUGCCUGCCCUGCUCAGACAGGCCUGGAGCUUCCUGUUAGCCAGGGAGGAGCUACUGAAGACCAGAGAGUGUGCUAUGGAGGGCGAUGCAGGGGACCUCCUGAACGGCCACAGUGUUCCUGUUUCCUCCGGGGCCUGCCGGCCCCCCAGCAGUGUGCCUCCCUGCCCCCCCAUCCCCGCCCCCGCACGCAGCCGCGUGUUCGCCCUCGUCCUCUACGCUGAGUUCCUCAAGGAGUUGGCCGCCAUCGCCCAGGAGCACGCCAUCGCCCAGGACCACGCCAUCGCCCAGGACCACGCCAUCGCCCAGGACCACGCCAUCGCCCAGGAGCACGCCAUCGCCCAGGACCACGCCAUCGCCCAGGACCACGCCAUCGCCCAGGACCACGCCAUCGCCCAGGACCACGCCAUCGCCCAGGACCACGCCAUCGCCCAGGAGCACGCCGUCCUGCCUGUCCUGGAGAAGUAACACACACACUCACAAAUACACACACACACACACACGCACUGAGGUGCUGUAACAGACUCAGAAUCCCAUGCUGUGACACAUCUCUGUAUGUUGUUGAUAGUGUCUUCCUUGCAUUGAUAAAUAGUUAUAUAGAUUUGAUAUAUAUAUUUUGUAUAUUUAUUUGACAUGCAGUGUAUGUAUGAUGUUAUUCUGGCAGGGAUGACUGCAGGUCAUGUGACUGCAGGUCACGUGACUGCAGGUCACGUGACUGCAGGUCACGUGACUGCAGGUCACGUGACUGCAGGUCACGUGACUGCAGGUCACGUGACUGCAGGUCACGUGACUGCAGGUCACGUGACUGCAGGUCACGUGACUGCAGGUCACGUGACUGCAGGUCACGUGACUGAAGGUUGUGAAUACUAGAACAUCAAUUACGGAGAAACUUCAACAUCAGAACUUUGAUUGUUAUUUUGAGAUUGUUUACUUUUUCUUUUAUUAUUUCCUGUAUGUUCAGUUAUUCAGUUAUAAUCAGUUAUCUUCUAUAAAAUGUGAAUUAAAAACUCAAUGAUGACCAGGAACAAAACAUUAGGUGCGUUCGACAUGGUCUGACUUCCUGCGGCGCUGCAGCUGGCUGCAGGCGGCUGACUUGAAACAGUGAAUUCUGGUUAGACUCUUUGUCUGAUUUGAGA